GAAAAAGGAUAUACGAUGUGCAUAAUUGAGUGAAUUAAUUCUACUGUGUUGUGUGAGGUGACCCUGAUAAUUCAUUGUUGAGUAAAUUUGUGAUGUAUUCGUGGUAAAGACAUUUUUGUGGGAAAACUUUCUACUGUAUGCUUGUCAAAUAGAAACCAAUUUAGCUAAAUGUUUCUCGAAUUGCGUUAGUAGCUUUAUUUCCCCUCCGUUAAAUUCCGAUCUUACGAAAUCCUACGAAGAUAAAAAUAUUUGAAUUGCGACGAGAUAACACAAACUUGUCAAAAUGGCGUUGUAAGAUAACCGUCCGGAACAAUGGUGGUCCUGUAUACUGUACUAUGCGUGUGUCUGACCGGAAUUCUAGCUCUGGUGAAAGGUCAAGUACUGUUUGACUAUCACAACAGUGAGGAAGUUACUCUACAGUCGAGAUCCGUGCGGGUACCUGUCCCAGGAGGGCAGAAAUUCCCCUUCUUCGGACAACUUUAUGACAACUUCUAUGUUUCGAAAGAUGGAAUUGUAGGGUUUACUCCUGAAGCCAGACAUAUCAUAGGAAAGGUAUACUCGUUUGAACGUGAGAAAUAUUCAACUGAGGUGGAGGAUUAUCCCUUCGUGGCCCCCUUUCUUUACGGUGGUGCUCCUCUCCUGUCCCCCUUUUCAACAGGGAACAAUAUCUAUGGAGGAAAAAUUUAUCAUAAAGUACUACUCAACUCCCCCAGUGGGAAAAUGGACCUUACGAACAUGGGAAGUUACAUCAAUGGGGCAUUUAUCGGUGUGUACAACUUUACGCCAUCCUAUGCACUUGUGGUCACGUGGGUAAAUGUUACAGAUGAAUUCCAGAUCAGUAUCGCUGGAUGCGAUGACAAUCUAAAACCAUGUAAGAAAAACACAUUUCAAGCAGUUUUGGUGACGGAUGGAAAGGAGAGCUUUGCAAUAUUUAAUUACAAACAAACUAAAGUAACAACGAACCCGACAUACCAGACCGGGUUUAAUGCUGGGUAUGGGAGAGGGUGGAGUGAGGCCAUGCCUAGCGCUAGUCUUCAAAACGCUGAUUCACUAAAGGGCAGUGACAUUAUUGGACGUUUCUUUUACAAAAUAGAUCGGGAGAGGAUCGUCAAAGGUGGAUGCAAUGGUCAAAGAAACGCAAUUGGUCGAUUACAAGUGACUCCAGGUUUUGCGGGUAUGCUUGGCGGAGAAAUGCUGGAGGUUUCCGGGCCCUGUCUAAUGCCAAGGGAUCAGCUAUACUUAAGGGCUGGAACACAAAGAUCAUACUCUGCGUGUUCCAUGAUCAACAGCAUGAAGGCACGCUGUCCUGUACCGAUGCUGUUAGAGAGAGGCGAAGUCAAUAUAGCCUUAUCACUUGACGAAAAGAUACACUUUUACUACGACACCACCAUAACAAUAGUGCAUCCAAGCAGAAUGCCCAAAGACACAAAAAUCAGUCUGCACGAUAACGGGUCCGGGCGGAGGUGGAAUGAGACGUCUGCUAAAGCGUUGAUGUUGAGUUGGGAUCCGAACCUCCUCUCCACAGAUCCUAACGCCAUCGUUGAUAUUAACUUUGUGGGAUUCAUUGAAAACGAAAAGACAUACAAGGCUGGAUGGAACAAACGUAUCACCUUGAGCUCACGUGAUGUACGCGUGAGUGAGAAAACGUACGUGUUUAAUGCAUCCAACGUGUUCUGUGACAACGAGUGUGCUAAGUACGAAGUAGGCGUGGUCGAAGUGAGCGUUAGAGAUGUUUCAAAGGCCGCUAGCAGAAGAGCGAUGUUCAGUGGUGUUGUUCCCAUGGGAUGGUUAGUGAAUAGCAGAAUGUUGGCGCUAUAUGGCAAUAACUGGCAACACGCUAAAUGUGUGGCAUGGUAUAAUGAGGACCGGAAGGAUAUGAGGUGGUUAGAACAACUUGAGUAUUGCCCGUGUAAUGUACAGCAGGCUCUGUCAGAUUUCGGAAGAUGGCAGACAGAUGUUGGUUGUAAUCUUUACAGCAACAACCCCAAUAAAUGUCGAUUUCAUCUGGGUGCAGUGCAUUGUGUUCGCGCAGUUCAGCCAACACGACAAGAAGGAGCUGGGAAUCAAUGUUGUUAUGGAGCCGAUGGACAGCUCCGAUUUUCUGCCGACACAUUUCAAGGAAGCACACCAGAUAGAAGUCAUGAUUGGGGAGCGGCACCUUACGUGAAACCUGGUCUCGUGCCAUCUCUGUCCCAUUGGAUCAAGGAUGUGGUCACAUUCUACUACUGUUGUCUAUGGACGGAUUAUCAAGACUGUGAUUAUUAUAUGGACCAACGUGCAACUCGAGAUUGCUCAGGAUACUCUCCCCCAAAGCAAGCAAUGGUAUUUGGUCAAUCUAACGUGAGGACCUUUGAUGGCCAGAGUUACCAUGUGUGUGGGACGGGAGAUUUUGUGCUUCUAAAUUCGACUGACGUAAAAAUUGUGGGGCGAUUUCAAAAGUCACCUUUCAAUCCUCAGUACAACAGAUCCGUCAUUUUAACUGCCGUCGGCAUCCAUAUCAAACAGGAAAUGAUAGAAAUCAAAAUGAAAGGCCCGCAAGUUGAUAGAAGCACAAGAACGUUAGACGUUGUGGUCAACGGAGAGUUUCAUUAUUUUGACCAGGGUCCUCGGCGAUGGAAGGACUUCAAAGAGUCCGCUGUUGUAAACAGUGACGAUCGUGCCAACACCAAGGAAUCUAACUUUACUGUUAUUGUGAAAAAUGGUGUAGGGAUCCAAAUAGCUGAAGAGAACGACAUGCUCAGUCUCAUUGUUAUGAUUCCACCGCAAUUUGAUAGUAAUGGUUUGCUUGGUUCAUGGAAUAAUAACGCGAGCGAUGAUCUAGCUUCAACGAACGGAACAGUCCCCCCAACAACUACCAAUCCAAGCCGGUUAUACGAGCAAUUUGUGUAUAGUUGGGCUGUAGAGAGAUCCAGCUCCUUCGUCCUGCCCUACCCAACUUAUGCCAAAGCUACAUCUAGCCUCUGUACAGCGAUAUCAACUUCACAUCCAUCUUGUAUGUUGGACUCGGCGUGUGACUAUGACUUGUGGAGUACGGGGAACAACUCAUUGGCGCAAAAAACGCGGUCAUUUUCGCAGAGGUACCAAGAACUCCAAAGCGAGCUCCUUCCAGUACGUUCAUGUGGUUUGCUGGCUGUUCCGCGUAGUAUAAAGGAUAAUUAUAACUACAGUCUCGGGAGCACUGUUACUGUUGAAAGUUGUAGGAUUGGACACUUAACAGGAAGGACGCAAUACACAUGUACCAAUGAAGGCCAAGGAAGCCAGGUGUGGUCUCCCCCUGUCAAUGCUGCUUGCCAAGUGGCUGAUACGUCAGAUAGUUUGGACGAGGGAGCGGUAGCGGGGAUUGUUAUAGCGGUAGUCCUGGUGCUGGUUGUGAUUGCGGUCUUGGUUGUCUUCGCCAGGAGAAAAGGAAAAAAGAAAACCUCUAGAGGAGAGAGUGACGAAGCGAGAUCUGGGAAGAACCGCUCAUACGUUGAAGACUAUGACCCGCGAUAUGACACCGCCCAACUUCCGAUGGGGCACAAGAAAACGAAAGGCGAAUCAACAAUAUGAGGCCUAUAAUGAACAAGAGAAACGGGAAUUUAUCACGCCACAUCAUUCAUGGAACAAAACUGCCUCAAUUUUUGUGUCCUGUGUAAGUGAGAUGUAAGAAUGUUGUGUUUGACAUACUAAACAAAUUACACUUUAUAACUACAAUUUAGUGAUAAAAUUUUGCAUAUAUAUAUGUAGUGUGGAUGCGUCUGUGGAUAUGUAGUUCUUUAAUAUACAUGUACUAUAUAUGUAUGUGAGUUGAUUUGAGUUUUCAGAAACAUCCUCUUGCCAUCAACAUAAAGAGCAUCCCUUUAUACUUGGCACAUAUACAAUGUAUUUACACUUAUAUUGUAGGCUCUAGUGAUAUUGUUUUACAGUAAUCCGGUUUGCUUCCUUAUCGAAUUAUUUUUCUUUGCUUUAGAUUGUGUCAUAUUCCGUUCAUCUUCCAUGUAUUAUACUGUCUCGUAUUAAGUUGGCAUUCAACGUGUAACAUUUACAUUUCCAAGGUUUUUGUCUUUGAUUAUGAUAGUAAUGAUUACCAUUUCCCCCAUGAAAGCGCUGCAGUUGUGAACAGUGCGCGCAUGGAUCUUUAUAAACAUAGUACGUAUAUUUUAACGGCUGGGAAUUCCGACAGAAAUGAUAGUGUAAAUGUAUAAACAAAACUUAUUUCACUUUUAUACGCCCAUCUUUAGAUGGAAGUAUUAUUGUACAGUGAUGUACAAAUGUAUUUACGAACAUGAACGUCUGUCCUUUCAGGGUUUUCUGUUUCUAUUUUCAUUUCUCUGUCACAUAUCAAGCUGAAAUUUGCUGUACAAAUUGUAUCUUUGUAGAUCAUUCUAGAUCAUGUUGCAAUUCAAUCUAUUUCGAACUCUCUCGCAUGAGUAUUGUCCCUUUAUUUUAAAUUUAAUGUUAUAUGGCGGGUGUAUGAAUUGUCCGCCUAAUUCCCCCCAGAGUUUUUAAGUGAGGAUCUACAUGUACUUAUUUUACAGUUUUUCUAUGGAUAUUGAAGAUGUGCAUGUGGCAAGGUUUUCGAUUUGUCUUAAAUUUUGAAGAAAAUGACAGGCUGUCAGUUGUGAGGAAAUGUUACAUAAGCUAGUCCAUGAUUUGUCCGUAUUAGCUUCUCCCAGAGGUUUGAAAUGCGGACCUUCUUCAUUCUACAGAGUGUUUGUAUGGAAUUUGUACAUUGUAUAUCUGUAAACGACUUGAAGAUGUGCGUAAUGCAAGGAUUUUGAUUCCCAACUUUUAAAAAGAAAAAUCUUCGAUGUUUGAAAAAAAAAUUACAUAUUGUUAAACUUUGUCAAUUUUUGAAAAUAUUUAAACACAGGGCUCUUGGUUUGUUUAUUUACAGCCUGUCACAGUUCUUAAACUAGAACCUUUUCUCCAUACAUGUACAUGUACGAUGCAAAAAAAAAAUAUGUCACAGCUUGAUGAUGGCUAAUACUACCUUCAGUAAAGUUCUGCAACUCGGAGUUUUAGAAAAAAAAAAUCCUAUAGAAGCUUGUGACGAGCGUAUGAUGUACCGUUUCCGGUGCUCAUUAUGUACCGUUUCCGGUGCUCUUGUUUAGGAUGGGAGGAAAUAAACUGCAACGCUUCACGCCUGAAUGCUUUUCAUGAGGAGCUAACGCGCGUCAUCAAGAAUGCCAGCGUGAAGUGUAGCAGUUCAUAUCCUCAUAUAUUUUCAAAUAUGACAUUUAUUGCUCUUAUAAAAGACUUGAUGUCAAGGAAUCCCAAGCUAUUUUGAAAAUGAGUUAGAUGGUGUUGAAUGAGAGUUUGAGAGUAUGUUGCAGUUUGCAAAUGAUAACAUAUAUCAUCAAUGUUUUGUUAUACAUGCCUAUUUUUUUUUUUUACAAUAAACAGUAAUAUGUGUA